AAUCGGUUAAGGUCACCGCCAUAGCUUCAAAGAUGCCGAGAAGUGUGGAAACAAGAUGUAAUUUUCGAGCGAUUUCAACAAAUUGUAAAUCGAUAUAAAUGUCAAAAUUAGUUUAUUGUAACAACGUAUAUUCUGUUUAAUUUAAUUAGUAUAUCAAAGACCAACUUGGAUCGUUCAGUUGGCCAAAAACCUGUCUGUUUAUAUACUAGAUGCCAAAAUCUGCUAAAACAAGAUGGGGAAGCUACUUUCUAAGAUUUUUGGGAACAAGGAGAUGAGGAUUUUGAUGCUAGGUCUAGAUGCAGCAGGCAAAACCACUAUACUUUACAAAUUGAAACUGGGCCAGUCUGUGACCACUAUUCCAACUGUAGGAUUUAAUGUGGAGACUGUCACUUAUAAAAAUGUUAAAUUCAGUGUCUGGGAUGUUGGGGGACAGGACAAGAUUCGUCCAUUAUGGCGACAUUACUACACUGGUACGCAGGGCCUUAUAUUUGUAGUGGACAGUGCAGACCGUGACAGAAUCGAUGAAGCAAGACAGGAACUUCAUCGUAUAAUUAACGACAGGGAGAUGCGUGAUGCCAUCAUCCUUGUGUUCGCUAACAAGCAGGACUUACCUGAUUCAAUGAAACCACAUGAAAUUCAGGAGAAAUUAAGUUUAACAAGACUAAGGGACAGAAACUGGUAUGUACAACCAGCAUGUGCGACGUCAGGAGACGGACUGUAUGAGGGCUUGACCUGGCUAACAUCAAACCAUAAAUCUUGACCUGCUGAUUACUCUUAAGUCAUUGUCUAUCCUAUUGUAUACAUUAAAUGAUUCACUUUCAACGUCUGUGGCAGUGUAACAAUCUGCAGGAAAUACUUAGUCAGAAAACUGAAGAAAACAGAAAAAAAACUGAAGGUCAGCAGGCCCAGUGUCCUCCUUGACUUAAAAGACACCUUGAGAGAUGAGUGAAAGGAAGGGAGGGAUUUUAAGUGAUCAAAAGGCAUGGGUAUUUUACAGCUUCAACACAGAUCUGCAAAUAAACCAGCUUCCAGGCCAUAUAGUAUACCAACAUUGUAUAUGUUUAUUUUCCUUUUGUCUGAUUGUUGCUGAUUAGUCUGCUGGUCAUUGUCAACCUAUGUAUCUAUAAUGAUGUUUGUUUAUUAUUGGUGGAAUGUAAUUGGAUGGAGAAAGUGAUAAGGUUUUUUUUUCUUCUUCUGUAUAUGAAAAUCAUAUUGUUUUUUUUUUAUUGGAGUAAUAUGGAAUUCAUUCAUUUCAAGGAAAACUUAAGGAAGUUCUUUUUCAUCUCCUGUGUGUGAUCAGGCACAAGGUUAUAAAGAUCUUCAUUUGAUAUAAAAUGAUCACUUUAUUUCAAUUUCACCAGUGCUUUUCAACUGUAUAAAGAGAGGACUUUAUGGAUGGCCUAGUUUGCACAACCUUGAAUGCUUUGUAUGCUUGAUUAUUGAUAGAUAUUUUAUGCCCAGUUGAUUUUAUUUCUUGUGUGAAGAAAGUUAUUUUUUUUAUACAUUUAUCAACUUCUUUUAACUCUCAACUAUCAGUGAAAAAUGAGCUGCUUUAUGAUUUAAGCAGUGAAUAGCUUUUUUGUAUUUUUUUAAACAGAAAAAUAUCAAUACAACCUUAUCUUUUUACACUUCCGUGUUUCUUUCUUUGUUCUGUGGUGCUUAUUUCAAAUGGUAUUGCUUGUAUAAUUAUAUUCCUUGUAAUGCUUUCAUUAGACCAUAUGUAGUCAGAUUUUCCUUUUAACUUACUGCAUUGACCACUAUGUAACUAGCUUAUUAACAACAGAUUUGUAGGAAAUCUUACUUUUUUUUUCUUUGUUAUGAAUUCACUGAAUGAUAUUAUUUAAUUACUGAAUUAUCAGUGAGAUUGGUCUUAUGCACAUCAUUUAAAUGUAGUUUAAUCAUUGGAAAAGUGCUGUGAAUGAGGAUAAUUGUAAGUUUCAUUUUCCUGAUAAUGAACAAGUAGACAUGAAUCUUGAAAGAAGACACUACCUGGAUAGGUUUUAACAUGCAAUUGUUCAAAUUUCUUAUGAGAAUAGUUCAAUGUUCUCUGUUUCAAUACAUGUGCAAGGAAAAAGAAAUUUUGAAUACACUGUAGAUUUUCCACUUAACUUACAUGUACAUUGUACAUACAGUUUGUAUUGAAAUACUUGUAUGAAAAUAUGAAAUUGAUUUUUCUUUUAGACAUUCCAAAAAACAAUUUUGAUUUGCAUUGCAUCAUUUUUGUUUUGUCUUUGUAAAGUUAUUGUAAGGCUUAAGGACUUAGCAAGUCUCCGUAUCAGAUAAGUCCGAAACAUGUACAAAGACUUAGCUUGGCUUAUUUAAUAGUAUUUAGUAUCACUAAAUGUUCUUAAUAGUGUAUGCAGAAAAUGUUGAAAAUAUGUGAGCUGUAGAAGUACUGAAAAGAUUUCCUUGAAAAAAAAUUGUCUGACACUUGUAUUUCUGUUUUUGACAAUUGUUCAAAAAUAUUGGGCUCAAAGAUUAAUUAGGCAUUGGCAAAUUAACAGAUUAUUAUAAAGCUUUUUUUUUUUUUGGUAAAAUGUUGAUGAUUUUUUAAAUAGGUGGUUAAUACAACAAUCUACGUCAGAUAAAUUUGAUGUUAAAUUUCAUAUAGCCUGGGGCAAAUGCUUGUGAACUACUGGAGUUGUUUCUCUUUGUUUGAGAAAUUUCUGUUGAAUGUGGAAGGAAAAAGUACUGAAACUUAAUUAAAUGUAUUUGUAAUGUUAUUAUUACUAGUAAUAAUAAUAAUAUAGCUUUCUUUUGUGCAAUAUUAUCCUAGAUAAUUUAUUAAAUAUUGCCUUAGUUAGGAAAGGUUAACAAAUUAUAUCUCCAAAAAAAAAAUAGUCAAAAUGUGUAAUAAAUGAAAAUUGGAGGGAUUUCAGUUUCUAAGAGCAGUAUGUGGUACUGUUUAUGACAUGGCUUUCAUACUAAAUAUAAAUCUACAAAUUUGAAAGAAAAAGAUGUACAUCUUUAUUAAUGUAUCAUUAAUGUAGUUCCCAUGUAGGGUAGGUUGUAUCAGUUUUCCUACUGUGUUAAAAAAAUGAAUGAGAGAUGUCAAAUGAUACAUGAAUGCUACUAAUUUUCCUUUCCAAUUAAUUGUGAGCAUGAUAUUAAUUGUAUAUUUUCUUUUCUUUGUAAGGUAAAUGAGGUCAUAUUUUGUUAUGUAUAUUGUCCUUAACCAACAUACUUGUAUAAUAUCUAUGUCAAAUUAUGUUCCCUGUCCAGUUCUAGAAAUAUUUUGGUUUCAAAUUUAACUGCUUACUUAGUGCAAAUGCGAAAUUGUCUGGAAGCGGUUCAUUUGCUACAGAUGUUGAUGAUUUUAUACCAGACAAUAAAACAUUGUUACUCUA